UCCCUCUCUCCCCCAGCUUUUGUUUCGCCAUGCCUAGUCUAGUGGUAUCUGGAAUAAUGGAAAGAAAUGGGGGCUUUGGGGAACUAGGAUGUUUCGGGGGAAGCGCUAAGGACCGAGGGCUGCUGGAAGACGAGCGCGCCCUUCAGCUGGCUCUCGAUCAACUCUGCCUCCUGGGUUUGGGGGAGCCCCCCGCCCCCACGGCGGGCGAGGACGGGGGAGGUGGGGGGGGCGGCGCCCCCGCGCAGCCGGCCGCCCCCCCGCAGCCGGCCCCGCCGCCGCCGCCCGCGGCGCCCCCGGCCGCCCCGCCGGCGGCCCCCGCGGCGCAGACGCCCCAGCCCCCCGCCGCCCCCAAAGGGGCCAGCGACGCCAAGCUCUGCGCUCUCUACAAAGAGGCCGAGCUGCGCCUGAAGGGCAGCAGCAACACUACCGAGUGUGUCCCCGUGCCCACCUCCGAGCACGUGGCCGAGAUCGUGGGCAGGCAAGGCUGCAAGAUUAAGGCUCUGAGGGCCAAGACCAACACGUACAUCAAGACACCCGUGCGCGGCGAGGAGCCCGUGUUCAUGGUGACGGGGCGGCGCGAGGACGUGGCCACAGCCCGGCGGGAAAUCAUCUCGGCGGCCGAGCACUUCUCCAUGAUCCGCGCCUCGCGCAACAAGUCGGGCGCGGCCUUCGGCGUGGCGCCCGCCCUGCCCGGCCAGGUGACCAUUCGCGUGCGGGUGCCCUACCGCGUGGUGGGGCUGGUGGUGGGCCCCAAGGGGGCCACCAUCAAGCGCAUCCAGCAGCAGACCAACACGUACAUCAUCACGCCGAGCCGCGACCGCGACCCGGUGUUCGAGAUCACCGGCGCCCCCGGGAACGUGGAGCGCGCGCGCGAGGAGAUCGAGACGCACAUCGCGGUGCGCACGGGCAAGAUCCUGGAGUACAACAACGAGAACGACUUCCUGGCGGGGAGCCCCGACGCCGGCCUGGACGGCCGCUACUCCGAGGCCUGGCGCGUGCACCAGCCCGGCUGCAAGCCGCUCUCCACCUUCCGCCAGAACAGCCUGGGGUGCAUCGGCGAGUGCGCGGUGGACUCGGCCUUCGAGGCCCCGCGCCUGGGCGAGCAGGGCGGGGACUUCGGCUACGGCGGCUACCUGUUCCCGGGCUACGGCGUGGGCAAGCAGGACGUGUACUACGGCGUGGCCGAGACCAGCCCCCCGCUCUGGGCGGGCCAGGAGAACGCCGCGCCCGCCUCGGUGCUCUUCUCCUCCGCCUCGUCGUCGUCGUCGUCGUCCGCCAAGGCCCGCGCCGCGCCGCCGGGGGCGCACCGCUCGCCCGCCGCCUCGGCGGGGCCCGAGCUGGCCGGACUGCCCCGACGCCCGCCCGGGGAGCCGCUGCAGGGCUUCUCCAAACUGGGGGGCGGCCUGCGGAGCCCCGGCGGCGGGCGGGACUGCAUGGUGUGCUUCGAGAGCGAGGUGACUGCCGCGCUCGUGCCCUGCGGACACAACCUGUUCUGCAUGGAGUGUGCGGUGCGCAUCUGCGAGAGGACGGACCCCGAGUGUCCCGUCUGCCACAUCACGGCCACGCAAGCCAUCCGAAUAUUCUCCUAAGCCCCCUGCCCUGGGCCUCCUGCGUCCCUCCCCGGGGGCCGGCCUGGAUCGGUUUUCCACCUUUCCACCAGGGGCCUUUUGGAAAGCAGUGAACAGAGGGGCAAGGUGCUUAGAGAUACUCGCUCCUGGGGAGGGGGAGGGGAGGAGGAGGCGGCGGCGGCGGCUGCGGAGGGUAGGCCACCUUCAGAGCCUCUGGUCACCCCGGUCCUGGAAAGGUGGGGAGGGGGCCAGGCAGGAAAUUUUACUAGAGUUACAACUCUGAUACCUCAACACACCCUUCAGUCUGGAAGCAGCUAAGAGAGACUUUUGUUUUGCCAGAGGUGGCCGCUAAGGCGUCCUGACCCCCUCUGUCCACCCCCCCAUCUGUGUCACACCGCCCCUCCCUCUGCAGUCGGAGUGGGGAAAGGGAGGGGGAGACGUACCAUCUGUAUGUAGAGAUGUCUUUCCGACUCUCAGGCCCUCUCUGGCCCUGACCUUUGACCUCCUAACAUGACCCUUUAGCCCCUCCACUGCCAUAUCCCGUUGCGGAAUCUGUUGCUGGGUAUCCAGUGGUAUAAGGGGCUUGGGGCCCUUUCAGAAGUCUGCACAGAUAUUCCGGGGGGGGGGGGAGCAUGUCAAUCCAUAAAGGGCUCAGAGCUCAUCUUCCCCACAGAGCUGGGUGGAGGGGUCUGGAGAGGGCGCUCCUCUCUGCCCCUCCGCCCCCCCCCCAUCUUUCCUCCGCUGGGCUCUCCCCUCCCUUUGCUCUUCCCGCCAGCUCUCCUCUUUGCUUUCCCUCGAUGGCUGUCCCUCCCAGCCCUGCCCUCCUCCUCUCUCUUCCCUUCUCCCCCUCCCUCCUGCCCCUCCUAGUUCAGCUUUGGGUUCACCAUCCGCCCCGGGGAGAAGUAGGGGAGAAGAGCAUUUGGAUGCCCCCCCCUUAAUUCCUCUUCUGGCAUUCGGAGGCCCUCCCCACUCCAAAGAAACACCUCGAAUUCUUGAUGGAAUGUAUCCCCAUUCUCAGCGACAAUUUGAGGAGGGAACGAAUACCGGGGUCCAUCAAGGGUUGAACCCCCACCUCUACCGUCUUCGGGCAUUGCAUCUGGGGAGCAGUUCUUGGGCUGGAUUCGCGGGCAGCGGCGGAGAGCCAGGGUAGUGUGUGUGUCUGCUGCCCGGAGGGCAGGAAAGAGCCUGAGGCUGGUGGACGGAAGGGCCCCCCUCCCCUGCAGCUCCCACUCCUGUGCCCCUCUCCGGGCCUUCCCCAAACCUCUGUUAGCGAGCAAAUCAUGAAGUCUCUGUCCCGCCCAUUGUGGUCGAGGAGAGAGGCUGGGUCUUGAGAGCGAGCCCAGGCCCGGGCCGGGCGGGGUCAGGGGCGCAGCAGGGUUGCGCACUGCUGACAGGCCUCGCACCCCUGCACUGCUUCCCGGACACCUUCCUGGUUCCGCUGGCCGGGCCAGGAAG